CCCUAAUUCCUCGCCCUCUCAAACAAAAAUGGCUUCCCCUGGUUCUGUAUGUGUUCCUCCUUCUUCCAGAGUUAAUCAGCAAACGGCCGAGAAAGCUGUGGAAUCCCUCCUCCAAUGGCGAAAUUCCAAGCGGGAGAAGCCACAACUCUUUGACCAGGAGGAUUUUCUAUACCUCGUCGUAACCCUCAGGAAAAUCCCUCCCAAAGGCCGCACAAAUCCUUACAAAAUCCCUCUCCCUCAUUCCCUUCACUCCGAAUCGUCUGAACUCUGCCUCAUUAUCGACGACCGAACCAAAUCUAAUCUCACCAAAGAUGACGCGAGGAAGAAAAUCCAGUCGGAAAAUAUUCCAAUUUCGAAGGUAAUUAAGUUGUCGAAGCUUAAAUCCGAUUACCGCCCCUUUGAAGCUAAGCGGAAGCUGUGCGAUUCGUACGAUAUGUUUUUCGCUGACGAUCGGGUGAUCCCACUGCUGCCGAGUCUGUUGGGGAAGCAUUUUUUCAAGAAGAAGAAGAUUCCGGUGCCGUUGAAUUUGAGGCAUAAGAAUUGGAAAGAACAGAUUGAGAAGAGCUGUGCGUCGGCGUUGUUGUAUUUAAGGACGGGGACUUGUAGUGUGGUGAAGGUGGCAAAGACGUCAAUGGAAGUUGAAGAGAUUGUGAGUAAUGUGAUUGCGGCCAUUGAUGGGAUUGCGGAGAUUGUGCCCAAAAAAUGGAGUAAUGUUCGGUCCUUUCAUUUGAAGUUGCUGGAGUCGAUUGCAUUGCCAAUUUACCAGUCAGUACCGGACUUGAAGUUUAAAAUUGAGGCCGCCAUGAAAGGGGAAGACAAGGGAAUCGAAGAAGUAGAAGAUUCAGGUAAGAGUCCUACUCCUGUCAAGGUUAGUAACAAAAAAGAGAAGGAGAAAAAGUUGAGCAAGAAGAAGGGGAGGAUUCAUGAAGUUCGUUACAUGGACAGUAAUGGCGGAGAGUUGUCUGAUGAAGAUGAAUUGGGCAGUGAUCUUGAUGAAGACACAGAUAAUGUUAAAGUUAGUGAAGAUGUCAUAAUGGGUAGUGAUGAAUUGAAGGGUAAGAAACGGAGUAGAGUGAAUAAGGGGAAAGAAGAAGACCUUCAAACUGAGUUGAAUGUCGAGAAGCCAUUGAAGAAACCAAUUAGUAUGAAGAAGGACAGCGUCAAACAAAAAAAAGAUGAGAUCUCCGAGAAGAAGAAAAUCGGAGAUAAGAUAAAAAAGAAGGGAGGUCUGUUAUCUGUUGACAAUGAUGGAGAAUCUGCUGGGAAGAAGGUAAAGAAGAGUGGGGUUUCGAAGUUGAAAGCUGCUGGAACAAAGAAAGCAAAGAAAUGAACGUUAGAGAUGGAUAAAGCUUAAGCUAGGGAGCUCUAGAAGGGACCUUUCUCUUCUUCAUGAGGUUUCUUCCUGAUCCAAGUAUGUCUAUACCUUCCGCUUUUGAAGUGGCAAGUUUUGAUUAUCCCUAAUCAUUUUCCAUUUUUUUCAUUAGGAUUGGAAAAUGAACUGAUGAUUUAUAUGUCUGUUUGUUCUUAGUUAAAGAGAAUUUUGAAAGCUUGAUUGAUGUUUGCUCU